GACGGCAGAGCACUGCCGCCACUGGCGAUCAGUCGGGUCAGGUCCAGCGGCGGGGACAUCCGUCGGUCUCUGUUUAUUGUGCUGACAAAGCCAGCCACUUACCAGUGCAGGGCGGAUAAAACCGGUAGGGUGUUCGGGGUGGCAUGUUUUGUGCCGUAAGCCGUUGUUAGUGUUGGCUGCGCGGCAGAGUGUCCGGAGGCAGUGCAGAUCAGGAUGCGCACUUACGGCUAGUACUGAGCUCAGGGCAGUCUGUGUUGAACUGAGAGUUGUGGUGGGCGGUGGUGAGCUGGUAAUGAAGGCUGGUGGGGACUUUUGCUGUGCUGGUGGGAGCUCUGGCGCUGAGCUGGUGAUGGUGGAGAUGCUGAGCUGAUGAAGGCUGUCUCUAAGCCUGUCAGCGCCGUGUUGAGCUGGUUGCUCCACUCGCUGAUCUAGACUACCGAGCCGAGCCAUGCUGCUCGGCGUGCGCUCGUCGGCCCGUCACGGCCGGCCGGCCCGCCAUCUGCGGCUCCUGCAGGCCGCUGCCGCUCAGCUGGAGCCCGACUCGGAGCUGGACUUCUCCGACCCCAGACAGGUGUUCGACAAGAAGUCGACGCCCGAGCUGGUCCGCUCGCUGGCCGUCCUGAAACUGUGCUCGCAGGACUGGUUCGUCGACAACGCGCUACCGAUCCUACGCGGCUCUGAGCGCCUUCUCGGUCGCCGGCUGCUGCUGGCGCUUGCCCGGCCGCUCUACAGCCAGUUCGUACCGGGGACGUGUGAGGCUGACCUGGCUCAGGCAGCUGCGCGACUCCGGCGGACCGGCGUACGACUCGUGUUCGCCCAUAUGCUGGAGGACGACUUACGGGAGGGCCAGACACUGUCCGCUCUGCUGGACGAUAACCUGGCGCUGACGCUGCACCAGUUCGGCAUGGCGACCCGGGUGACGGCCGGGGAGGCGCACCCCUGCACCCUGCUCAAGCUGACCGGUCUGGUGGCAGUGCCGGCGCUGGCGGCGCUGAGUGGCGCUCUGACCGCCGCGCCGGCUGACCGGCUGACCCGACUGACUGAGGGAGUGGCCACCCAGCUGUCCGGGGGUCCCUGGUACCGGCUGGCAGAGCUGACCGAGGAGCAACAGCGGCACUGGGACGACGGACUCGCCAGACUGCGUGCCGUCGGCGAGUUUUGUGAGCGGCACAGUCUCCGUACUAUGGUGGACGGCGAGUACUCGUACACCAACCCGGCCAUCGGUCUGCUGACACUGGCGCUGGCCGCCAACUUCAACACUCGGAGUCCCCUGAUCUGGGGGACGACACAGUGCUACCUGAGGGACGCCGAACAGACCCUCACCAGGCACCUGUCGGUGGUCGACAGCCUGGGAGUCUCCUACGCAGGGAUGCGGAGCCGUGGAAAUUUCAGACGGCUCCGGCUCCGGCUCCGGCUCCGGAGAAAAAAUCGGCUCCGGCUCCGGCUCCGGCUCCGGGUGAAAUGUUAUGGCGGCUCCGGCUCCGGCUCCGGCUCCGAGUAAAAUGGUCCGGCUCCGGCGGCUCCGGCUCCGGCGGCUCCGGCUCCGACUCAGUACAUCCCCUAUGCAAUCAAUUAAAUACGGGUGGAAUAAAAAUUGGAUGGGUUAUA